ACCUUCUACAGUCGGUAAGAGGGAUAUGUUAGACAUUGUCCAUUGUAUAUCCUUUUUCAUCCUUCUUUAAAACAACACCUCGCACAACACAAAAAGACCCGGCUUCAAUCAAAUUUGACCGACCAGGUUAAAACAGACUAAAUUGAUCAUGUACGCCUGUGCAAAGUUCGUCUCCACGCCGGCUCUGGUCCGUGCUGGCUCCCGGGCUCUUUACAGACCCCUGUCUGCCUCUAUGCUGUCCAGGCCUGAGGUCAAUACAGAGAGAAACGUAGCCCUCAUGCCACAGAGCCCCUUCACCCAGGUAGCUCUCAGAGGCUUCCAGACCAGUGCUGUGAGCAGGGACAUUGAUACUGCUGCCAAAUUCAUUGGUGCUGGAGCCGCCACAGUCGGAGUGGCUGGAUCUGGUGCUGGAAUUGGAACAGUGUUCGGCAGUCUCAUCAUUGGAUAUGCCAGGAACCCAUCAUUGAAGCAGCAGCUCUUCUCCUACGCUAUCCUGGGAUUUGCCCUGUCUGAAGCUAUGGGCCUAUUCUGUUUGAUGGUUGCUUUCUUAAUCUUGUUUGCUAUGUAAAAAAAAAUCUGUCUAUAGAACCUGUAAUUACAGAUGUGACUACAUAUUUUAUUGUGGCUACCAAAAUUGUUCCGUGUUGGUGUCAUGGAAAUGUACAUUUUCAAGUCUGUCCGACACUCUCAAAAUAACAGAAACAUGUAUUGUGAAAAAUGUAAGAAAUUACAUAAUUAAAAUGCAUGUAUUUGACUAGUUGACAUAUGGCAGUAUGUUUUCUAUGUAAGGAAUCAUGUUUCACCACAAUCAAGACGCCAACUAGCUUCUAUUGAAUGUCAACAUGGGAUUAUACAAAGGAACUGCUUCGACGUAAUGUAAAUCAGUCUGGUGCAUUUGCCAUUUUCAGUGCAUCAUGUGUUCGCUUCUGUGGGUCCACAUUUAUGUUGUUGUUGGUUCAAGUGCAGGUCAGUAGCAUUCUGUAAGUAGGCAGCAAGUGGGCACUUGCUCUUGUAAAUGGAAUUAAAUAAAUCUAGACCACAAUUUAAUUGUGCUAAA